AUGAAGCUGUCUCUUGUCUCGCUCUUUACCGUCGCCUCCAUGGCAUCUCUGGCCUUUGCUCUCCCGCAAGCCUGCCCCGGUUGCAAGUCGCCAGUCACGGCCGACACCAUUGUCGAGAGGACUCCCGAGCCCGUAGCCGAGCCCGUCGUGGCUCUGCCCGAGAUUGAAGUUCGCAGCAAACAAGCCUGCCCCGGAUGCUAA